AUGCAGGCGCUGCGCCUGGCCUUCUGGCGGAAGCCGCUGCACCUGGAGACGUCGUCGUCGCACUCGCUGCAGCAUGGAGGAGACGACGCGCCCGAGAUGGUGCGCACGCUGGGGCUGUUCGACCUCGUGAUGAUCGGCAUCGGGGGCACCGUGGGCUCGGGCGUCUUCGCCACCGCGGGGCUCAUCGCCAGCAGCUACGCGGGGCCCGCGGCCACGCUGUCGUGGCUGCUGGCGGGCGCCGGCUGCCUGCUGAGCGGCCUGAGCUUCAUGGAGCUGGCCUGCCUCAUCCCCAGCGCCGGCAGCACGUACGCGUACGCGUACCACGCGCUGGGCGAGCUGCCGGCGCUGGUCGCGGGCUUCCUGCUCACGCUCGAGUACGGCGUGUCCAGCGCGGGCGGCGCGCGCAGCUGGAGCGACAAGCUCACGCAGUGGAUGGAGUCGCAGCUGGGCGUGCAGGGCCCCGAGUGGAUGAAGCCCAAGGACUCGGUCGUGGACCUGUACGCGGGGCUGCUCAUGGCCGGCAGCACGGCCAUCGUGCUCUGCGGCAUGCAGGCGGGCAAGCUCGUGGUGAACGUCGUGACCAUGACCAAGAUCACGGUCGUGGCCUUCAUUAUUGUGGUGGGGCUGGCCAACUUCGACGCCGGUCGAAUCUCCCCCUUCGUGCCCGACCAGAGCGUCGUGGAAGUGAACGGCAAGGAGACGGUGGCCUUCGGCUGGCCCGGCGUGCUACUGGGGGCCAGCGCCAGCUUCUACGGGUACAUUGGGUACGACGAGGUGUGCUGCUUGGCUGGGGAGGCCAAGGACCCGGCGAGAAACAUCCCCCGUGCAGUGGUGGGGACGAUCCUCGGAGCCGCGACGUUGAGCAUCUUGGCCACGUUCGCCCUCGUGGGCAUGCAGAAGUACACGGACAUUGACGCGGAGGAGUCUUACGGCAACGCCUUCACCAGUAUCGGGAUGGACUGGGCGGCGUCCUUCGUGGCGUCCGGGGAGGUGCUGACCAUGCCGAUCACGUCGUUCAUUGGCUUUAUGGCGCAGCCGCGCGUGCAGUACGCGAUGGCCAAGGACGGGUUGCUGCCGGCCACGUUCGCGGAGGUGGACGCCAAGGGCAACCUGUUCCGCGGCACGCUGCUGUGUGGCAUUGGGGUCACUGCACUCGCAGUGUUUGUGCCGUUCCACGUGCUGUGGAACUUCAUCUCGCUCGGUAUUCUAGUGGCGUUCAACCUCACCAACAGCUCGCUGCUCUUUGUUCGUGCCUCGAAUAGUACCAACGUGGAGGAAGGCGAAGCAGAAGACGCCACUGUGAAGAGGUCGCAGGGUGCGAUGAUCGCUGGGUACUUGAUUUCAUCUUUUCUUGCAGCGUUCCACUGGCAAAAGGAGGUAGUCGCCAGCGUCCCGCUCUCCGCGACGACAGACAUCUCGCUUUUCGACAGCUACAUGCGGACAGUGGGGCCUUUCACGUCUACAUUCCGAGCCCCAUUCGUGCCGUUUGCCCCGUGUGUGGCCAUUUUCUUCAACUGGUUCUUGUUCGCCCAAAUGGACGGAAUGAGCGUGCUGCUCAUUCUGCUGUGGCUGCUCCUCGCUGUGGUUGUGUACUUCGGCUACAGCCGCCACCACAGUCUCGCUUUCCAGCAGACAAAGUACCAGCAACUCGCCCAGAACUAG